AUGUCUCCUGUCUCGUCUGUCGCCACUGCGGCCCUCCUGCUGGCCGCCGCUGCCAACGCCCACUUCACGCUCGACUACCCCCUGACCAUUGGUUUUAGCGAUGACAACGAAGACAUAGCGCCGUGCGGCCACUUCACGCCCAACUUCUCCUCUGACAACAUCACCGACUUCCAUGUCGAUGGUGACAACAUUGUCACCCACCUGUACCACUCCCAGGGCACAUGGUUGCUGCGCGCCACGCUCGACGAGUCCGCCAGCAGCAAUUGGACCCAGCUCCUCCCCGAGUACGAGCAGAGCGGCCUCGGCAAGCUCUGUGAGCCGUCCGUCACGGUGCCCUCCAGCUGGGCCGGCUCCAACGGCGUGAUCAGCGUCGCCGUCAACGCCCCGGACGGCAUUUUGUACCAGUGUGCUGCAGUCAAAUUCGUCAGUGGUGCUGCCACCACGAAGCAGUCCUCCUGCAGCAACUCGUCCAGCGUCUCGGUCGUCUUCAAGGAUGACGCCAACCUGGCAUCGCUCCUCAACUCCACCGACAGCAGCACCUCUACCAGCACCGCCUCCAGCACCGCCUCCGGCACCGCCUCCAGCACCGCCUCCAGCACCGCCUCCAGCACCGCCUCCAGCACCGCCUCCAGCACCGCUGCCACCACCACCAGUGCCAGCGCCUCCAGCUCUGCCAAGAGCGCCGCUGCUAGCCGUGUAGGCAGCUCUCCGUCCCUCAGCAGUGCCUUCGCCGUCGGCCUGACCCUUCUCGGCAGUGCCUACAUGCUGCUAUAA